AUGCAGACCGAUGCAAAGCAAGAUCCUGCACCUCAAGACUUACCAACAACCGCUUUUUUGGAAAAAGUCUUGACAGAAAUUGAAUCAAACAGUCCUUUAAAUCUUGUUCCUGUAACCGACGCCUUUCGACAAGUUUUCGUGACACGCGUUUCGUUUAUAGAAAUUGGUGUGGUUUAUCCUUCUUAUCGUUCAAUUAAAGCCAUUCAUCAACAACCUUCCAAUGAAAAGGAAUUAAUUGAAGAACAAAAACAGUGGUUAACUUAUUGGACUGUUUAUGGUGCUACUUUACUUUUUGAACACGUUUUGCGACCAUUGUUACGUAAACCACAAUCUAAAUUAAAUACGACUGCUCAAAAGCAGCAGACAACAAAAUGGAAACAGAGUGAUCAACAACGAUUUGUCAAGAUGGAUGAUAAUUCUUCAGGUCCUUCGGAUAUUGUUUAUAGAAAUGACCUUUCACCUGAAGAAAUUUGGAGACGCAAUCCAAGAGAGCGUGAAAGCGAGGUUCAACCGUAUCGUCUAAAUCAUGCUACUUGA